AAUUGUAAAACUUUGUUCGUCUUGUUCUGGGUUUGUUUUUGUUUUUUGGAGAGAAUGUGGAGUUGUUUGAUUUUAUGGGUUUUUUGUGUGUUUGUUUCCCAAGAAAAUUUCUGGGUUUAUGGGUUGCUGGAGAUUGGGUUGGUUACUGUGUUUAUGGGUUUGUUUCUCGGGUUUAUUUAUGGUUUGGUUUCUUGGAUUUAUUUUUUUGUUUUUCUGGAUUUGAUGGAGAUUGGAUUUGGUUGCUGGAUUUGGAUUUGGGGUUUGCUAGAGAUUGGUUUGGUUGCUUCUUGGACUUGCGAAGAACAUGAAGAAUAUUUCCUUGCAAAUAGGUUAUGCCAUUGCUCCAAUGAUUGCGAGGGGAAUCAUGCUGGGUCCUGAUCAGCCUGUGAUUCUGCACUUUCUUGAUAUUGAACAGGCGGUUGAAUCCUUGAAUGGGAUAAGGAUGGAAUUGACUGAUGCUGCCUUUCCUCUUCUGAAAGGUGUGGUUGCUACCACAGACAUUGUUGAAGCUUGUAAAGAUGUCAAUAUUGCCAUUAUGCUUGGUGGAUCCCCACGGAAGGAAAUUACGUUGAGGAAGGAUAUGUUGUCUACAAAUGCGUCUAUUUACAAGGUUCAAGCUUUGAUCUUGGAGGAGCAUGCUGCUGCAGAUUGCAAGGUGUCAGUUGUUGCCAACCCAGCAAACACUAAUGCCCUUAUCUUAAAACAAUUUGCUCCUUCAAUCCCAAAGGAAAACAUCACAUGCCUAACACGACUUGAUCACAACAGAGCAUUGGGCCAAAUAGCUGACAGGCUAAAGGUUCAUGUUAGUGAUGUCAAGAACGUAAUCAUCUGGGGAAAUCACUCUACAACUCAAUAUCCGGAAGUCAAUCAUGCGACUUUCACCACCAGAAAUGGAGAGAGACCAGUCAGAGAACAUGUUUCUGACGAUCAUUGGUUAAAAACCGAGUUCAUCACCACCGUGCAGCAGCGCGGUGUAGCCACUAUCAAAGCUCGGAAGGCAUCAAGUGCAUUUUCUGCUGCAAUUGCUGCUUGUGAUCAUAUACGUGAUUGGGUUUUUGGGACUCCCAAGGGAACAUGGGUUUCCAUGGGAGUGUAUUCUAAUGGUUCUUAUGGGAUUCCACUUGGCCUUAUUUACUCUUUUCCUGUUAAAUGUGAGAAAGGGAAAUGGUCAAUUGUGCAGGGGCUCAAGAUUGAUGAGUACUCGAGGGCAAUGAUGGAUGCAACAGCAAAAGAACUCAUUGAGGAAAAAUCCUUGGCCAAGUCAUGCCUAGCGUAAUAAUGAAGACAACUUAAUAAAAAUACAUGAAAAGGAAAAAAGGAGUUCCAGUUUCCUUUGCAACUUUGUGUACAACUUUUAUCUGUCACGUAUAAGCUUUAUCAGUUUUGGAACAAUGACAGAACAAGAUGUGUCAUUCUGAUUUAUCUUUUAUCAUGUGUUGGCAAAAGUGUAGACGAAUUCACCAAGCACCUCCCCAAUAAUUAGUUUGUUGCCUUUUAAAUACAGUUCUAUGUCACUGAUCAUGUGUUUUCAUUCAUUUUCUAAUCAGUCAUUUAAAGUUUAUAUUAAUUAUUUUGAAAGUCCUAUAAAACUACUAUAUUACAUGUAA